AUGUUGUAUCUGCAGGGCGCCGUUGAACCCAUGCAGAUCGAUGCUGACCCUCAGGAUGAACAGCAGAAUGUUCCAGACAUCAACUAUGUAGUGGAAAAUCCAACACUGGUAUGUAUCCAUUACCACAUGGUGCGUAAGCCAACUCUUUAUGUGUCUAGUAUCUACCUGUACCUACCUGUCUCAGAGCUCUAUAUACAAGUGUGCUGAAGAAUCUGACUCUAGUAUUGAGCAGGAGUGCAAAACCCCAGGUUCAAGUGCUUGUAACAUCCAAUGGAGAUAUAGUAAUUUUCACUGUUUAAAUUGUCACAUGUUGAAGGCAAUAUUCUUUUUAUUAAACUUCUCUAAGCUGCGGCAUGGCUGCAUCAUCAGCUGUGCUAGACCCUUCAAACUACACUUGUCACUUUAAAAUCUAUUCUCUUUGAGACAUGUCCAGUUAAUCUGGCAUUCCAGUGUAGGUGUUUAGACAAAUAUUUAUUUAGAAUGUGUUGUCCAUCUCUCUGGAACGUGAAUGGAUGGUGUUCAGGCUUUUUUCACCUUCCUCUGUAACUCUCAAUUAUUUGUGAUUCCCCGUAGGAUCUGGAGCAGUACGCUUCCUGUUACAGUGGCCUCAUGCGUAUAGAGAGAUUACAGUUCAUCGCAGAUCACUGCCCGCAGCUGCGAGUCGAGGCUCUGAAAAUGGCUUUGUCCUUUGUUCAGAGAACAUUUAAUGUGGACGUGUACGAGGAGAUUCAUCGGAAAUUGUCUGAGGCUUCCAGGUGACUGUUAGGAGAAGCAAACAUAUAAAUUAAACACAAACUGGUCAGGAACCCGCAAGAGUUCAUCGCAUAUGCAUUUGCUAUCAUAAAAUUCUCUAUUCCACAUCUUCCUGCCCUACUAGUGCAGCGCUCAAAAUGUCCAGUCAACACUAGCCAUUGGCGAUCCACGUUAGCGUAGGACUUGAUAUUUUAAGCCCAGUUCUCGUGCAUCUCUUGUGUCCCCAUCUCAUUAAAACAGACAAUUUCAGUGUUAAUAACUGAAGUGAAAAAUGUCAGAAAUUCCGAGUGAGUUUCAAAUUUAAGGUCAAAUUAGGAGAACUGGUUGCAUAGGUGGCAUGGAGAUUUUUUUUUCCAAGUUCACGCACUAAAACCAUUGGUAUUCCUGCAAAAACACACAUUUUCUAUCUGGACAUAAGACCAAAGAUAGAUCUAGUAGUGCUGAGAGACAAAAUGUAUCCUUUGAAUAAUUUAAAGGGACACUAUAGUCACCUGAACAACUUCAGCUUAAAGGGACACUCCAGGCACCCAGACCUCUUCUGCCCAUUUGAGUGGUCUGGGUUCCAACUCCCACUUCUCUUAACCCUGCAAAUGUAAUUAUUGCAGUUUUUUAGAAACUGCAAUAAUUACCUUGCAGGGUUAACUCCACCUCUAGUGGCUGUCUACUAGACAGAAAACCUGUGCUAGAGCGCCGCUGGACGUCCUCACGCUGUGUGAGGACCUCCAGCGUCGCUCAAUUCCCCAUAGGAAAGCAUUGAAAAUCAUUUUCAAUGCUUUCCUAUGGUGAGCUUGUAGCGGAGAGCUGAUUUCCCACAGCCUAUUUCCACUAGUAAUCCCAGAAAGGCUCAGGAACAAGUAGUAAAUCCAAUAGAGUAGCAGGCACAAUCAGCAAAACAAUCCAGUAAUAUCCCAUCACCUUUCCCAAUAACUGGACGACACACAGUAUCAGGAGAAGAACUGAGGCUUUAUUUCACAUACCCUGCUUUUAUGCGGUUCUCCCCUACAAGGGAGACACCCACAAUAAUUACUACAGUAACCAAUCAAAUAGACGUUACCUCCCACACAUCUCCUCCCCUCAGCUUAACAGAUAAAACAAUUAAAAUGUACUCAUUUUUCCCCAAUUCUUGGAUGUACCUCAAAUAUAUUAGGUACACCCCUAAGUGGUAUUCCAUGUUAGCCCUGAUCUGGGUGAGCAACAUAUUCAAAAAUCACCCAGAUCGGACCAGGGGUUCGGGAGUUAUGUGGAAGUAAAGAUUUGACCGACCGCACAGGCAAAGUAGCCGAAAACAAUUCCAUAGGUUUAGGCCUUGCGGUCGGUCUCUGUUUGUGCAUUGAAAGUCCCGAAAAUGUCAUCCAGGGUUGAGCUGGCAUUCGGAUGAAUCCCCUGGUUCGUGGGAUUCAUCCUACCGAAUGGCGGACCGUUCGGGAGUUUCAAUCGGUAGUUUCUGGAGCCCUGGAGGUCUUAGCAGUGUUCGGGUAGUCGAGUGUCCGAUUUGAGUUCCAGACACUCGACGACCAAACACCGCUGUUCGUGUGUUAAGAUGGCCGCUGCCAUGUGUUCGCCUGCCGAAAUGGCGGCCACCCAUGGAUUACAGCAAAGCGUUGGUGCUUUUUAACUAGGGGAAUGUAAUGGACGAACAGGGAGGUUAAGUACAGCCACACUUCACAUCAGGGUGGUCCGGUUGUUCGGUACUUUGGUUCAGAUGGUGAAUGCAGCUGUUCAAUGCAGAUUUGUAUGGAUUUUUACCGAACAACCGGACGAAUGCUAUUAAGGUAUCAUACAUUCACAGGAAAGUCUCUAUAAUAAGUUCAUACGGAAACCUUUUAUGUUCAAAUAAGAAAUACAAAGGAAAUGUGUUGGACAGCCAGAGGGGUUCUGCUACAGAGCUGUAAUGUGCAUGCGCGCGCAUGCGCAUUAGGUCUCCCCGGCCGGUGGGCGGGAUCAGUCUCGUCCACCGGCCGACGUAAUGCAGAGGGGGAGUGGCGGCGGAGGGAGAAGCAGCGACGUGGGACAUGUCGCUGCCUCUGGAAAGUCACUGAAGGGGUUUUCACCCCUUCAGCAACCGGGGAUUGGGGGGUGAGAGGGAGAGGGGAACUGCAGUGCCAGGAAAACAGACUGUUUUCCUGGCACUGGAGUUUCCCUUUAAUGAGGUUCUGAGAAAAUACAGUGUUUACAUUGAAAGCUAGGAACACCUCCAGUUGCAGUCACUCACAGUGAACAAGAGGGACUUAGGAGUUUAUAGAGGCAUAACAUGCCUCCAUCCACUCAGAUCUUCCGUCAGCAGAGCACAGGGCAACACUGUGCACAGCAUCCUGUGAUUCAGUAUCUCCUCCCUCUGCAUGCAGACACUGAACUUUCCUCAUAGAGAUUCAUUGAUUCAAUUCAUCUCUAUGAGGAGAUGCUGAUUGGCCAGGGCUGUGUUUGAAUCAUGCUGGCUCUGCCCCUGAUCUGCCUCCUUGUCAGUCUCAGCCAACCCUAUGGGGAAGCACUGUGAUUGGAUCAGGCUACCACAUGUCAGCAGACUGCUUGUUUUUCUGAGUUUGACAGCAUGCAGAUUUACAGCUUCAGGCUUGAAUACAGUAAGAUUUUUAAUAUAUUUAUGGAGGCAUGAGGGCCCAGGGGGCUAGAUUGUGGUGUUAACACUAUAGGGUCAGGAAUUCAUGUUUGUGUUCCUGACCCUAUAGUGAUCCUUUAAACAUAAUUCUAUUUUCUUAGUGAAAUAUAUCAAAGGGAAAGAGAAGAAGAGCCAAGAAAGGCCCGCAUUGGGGGGAGAGGGAAGGUGAGGACAGUAAGCAUGUUCCUGCCAACACACAUAUAUAGGAAACCAGAAUUCUAGGAGAAAUGGCGCGCAGAGACAGCUGGCUUGUUUCAUACAUAUGUGGGCACUAAAGACGAUGUACAUAUUUCCACAUGAUAUAUCCUUUACUUGUGUUCAUGAUUCCCAUGGGUUCACCUGUGCAGAAAGCAUCCUACAGGUCCGUCCAAAUUUAUCAAGACACAAUGAUAAAGAAAGCAUUAAAUGAAUACAUUCUACCCCUUCUUCCUCAUUGCAUGCAGGGAAUUACAAAAUGCCCCAGAUGCAGUGCCCGAGGGCUCAAUGGAACCUCCACCCCUGGACACUACGUGGGUGGAAGCAACACGCAAAAAGGCUCUUCUAAAGCUCGAGAAACUAGACACCGAUCUGAAGAAUUACAAAGGGAAUUCUAUCAAGGAAAGCAUCCGGUGAGAUCCAGUAAAACUCACAGGAAAUCGGCUAGCACGAUGGCUAACAAGAAUAUUCGAACAGCUUCUAUAAAAUAUUAUUUACUUGUUUGUUUUUGUCGUGUUUGUGCAGGAGGGGUCAUGAUGAUUUAGGAGAUCAUUACUUAGACUGUGGGGAUCUGAGCAAUGCUUUAAAAUGCUACUCGCGAGCCCGGGACUACUGUACCAGUGCCAAGCAUGUCAUCAACAUGUGCCUAAAUGUCAUCAAGGUGAACUUUGAAAUCCUCGCUUUCUGUCUCUGCUCCACAUCGAAACACUCCACCUUUCUCUCCGUUUAGUAGUUGCUUUUUUUCCCUCUUUGUCCUAUGCUCUACUUUCACCGUUUUCUCAUGCUUCCUCUUGUUACAGGUCAGCGUUUACCUCCAGAACUGGUCCCAUGUCCUCAGUUAUGUUAGUAAAGCUGAAUCAACUCCUGAAAUUGCAGAGGUGAGGACUAGAAAUUUGUAAUUCGAACACCACAUAACCCAGUCUGACUCAGUUGUGGGAGUGGAAGCACCCUCUAGUGGCCGUCAGGAAGACAGCUGCUAGAGGUAUGUUUAGCCCUGCAAUAAAAUCUGCAAUGUUUUACAUUAGUGGACUCACAUGACAGCACAACUUUAUCCAGACCACUACAUAGAGAUAAAAUGGUCUGGGUGCCUGUAUAGGUUAAACACGGAUUGGAAUUACUUGCAAUGCCGGUUGCUUUUUCCAAGGGCUUCCUCGACAACCAUGUAGAGUCUAUUAUGUAUAUCGGUUUGUUGAUAUAACACAGCUAGCUAAUCCUGAGAUAACACGCCGUUGGAGGCUUAAGAAGUAUUGCUCUGUUCCAUUCCCUGCAGUAGUCUUGAGUGAAAAUAAACGUUAAAACUGUAUUGGCCCAUACUGUUAAUUUAUCCACUAUUCCCUUUGUUAUAUUUUAUGAUCUACACGGGGCUCCUGUGACGGAGUCGUGCUUGACCUCACUCAGAGAGCAAUGUUUUCUAGAGUCCUAUAAUGAUUUGGUGGAAGGAGAAACACUAGGUUAAUACAAGGAUCCCUAGUGUUUAAAGAAAAAAAAUAUAAGCGGAAAAACUUCAUAUUCGCUUUAUCAAAGUUUCCAACUUCCACAAAAUAAUGUUGGUUAGUUUUGGAGCACUCAAACAGUGGUACAAUAUUAAACGGUUCUAGAUAACUAAUUAGAGUGGGUAUGAAUUAUAUUCAUAGACAUUUAUAUACUGCUGGCACACUCGUGUAUUGUACCCCAACACACAAUAUAGAAUUAAAAAUGUAAAUCAGAGUGGAGCAGUGAAAUACUCCAAAGUAACAAAAACAAUGUUUAGGUGAAAAACCAAAGCAAGUUGAAGUAGCUAAGGAUAUAAAAGUGCUGUGAUUAUACGUAAUAAUUAACAGAUGGUGCCAGAAACAUGAUGGUAUAGGAAAUUUUACAGUAGAGUGACAAUGACAUGGGCAAAUAGAUGUCUGAAUAUAACUACUAGUAACCUAGUUCAUAGACAGUAGUGUAUAGUGCUUGUACCAUAUAAAUAGACACAAAUGUAGAGAAACCUAGAGAUUUGGUUAACUGUGUUUCUCUGCACAACGGACUGUAAAAAGGACUGACAAAUAACACAUGUAAAUAUCAGCCCUUAACUGUAAUAAUCCCUUGAUGUAUGAACGAGAGGAUUUCUCAAAUAUGAAACCAAGUCGUCCAUAAGCAGUAUCUGUAUAUAGCAUACUGUGUGGAUAUCCUCCACAAACCUCACUCUUCCAGUAAGAUUAAUACAGUAUCUUCUAUAUGGGUUUUAAUCCAAUGUAAAUAAUCUAACAGACCCAAUAAAGUUCAAAGAGUAUCUCGGAUUAAAACUCCUUCCUGAACUUGUAUUCCACAUGCAUCCAUUCACCUGUGAUUCUCCAGCUGCAAUCAUUACGUACUGAAAGUCUUUCUGAUAUCCAAUCCUGCUGCUUCAAAUAUCUGCAGGUCCAAUAUAUUCUGAACACUUUACUUACGGUGUAUUUUCUAAUCCAAACUGCAUCUUCUUUGUAAUCAAGCAGAACUGACAGAAUUGCUGGCUAAGACUUAAUGCUGUUUCUUUGUUUUAUUUUUCUGUAACAAUUUCAAAUUGUAAAUAUAUUGUUUCAUGAUUUUUUUUUGGUUCUUUUUUUCCAGCAAAGGGGAGAACGAGACAGCCAAACCCAAGCUGUACUGACAAAACUAAAAUGUGCUGCUGGUUAGUUUCUCAUGUUAUAUCUAUGUUGCCAGGGAUUUAGAAUGAAGUCAGGUUGAGAGCUUGCUUGCGGUACUCAAGAAGGGACAGCACAAAGAAUAAUAGGUGUGGGCGAGGGGGAAGAGGAUAGUGCUUGUAAGGAGCGUAAUUGAUGUAGUCAGAUAAACUGUCUAUAUUUGAAUAAUUCAACAAAAAUACUUCCCCUAUUUUUCCAAGCAUUACAUAGAUAAUGAAAAAAAUGACACCACAUGCACACUGCAGACAACAUUGACAUGACAAAGGAGUGUGUCUGAGCAGGAACCAUAAAGUUUUAAAUAAAAAAACCUUAAAGUUUAAAAAAGUAAAACUAGAAAUGAGAACAUAUCUGAGAUGCUGGUCAAUAAAUAUUAUCUGCUUAAGAUGGAACAAUAAGUAGCGAGAUUGUCUUACUGUAAGGGAGAAUGUCGGGUAUCGAUAGUGUGGCGGAUACUCUGAUGGGAAGAGGGGUGUUCUUUUCCCCCAAUCUGAGUAGAGCUGCAAUAAUCCUGGAGGCCAUGAUCCUAAAACGUAGUGAAAUAGCUGUUAUCGCUGUUCCCUACAGACACGAGACGAGGCUCUGUGUUGAGGGUAAAACUGGAACUGCUUUAAUGGGAACAGCUGGCCUUUUAUGCAAGUCCCCAUGCAAGGGGUUUCUGGUGACACAUUCCAGGGGCAUUCCCCACUGGACCUGAGAGGGGACAGCAACAUAGGCGCACACAUAUAAUUACAUUGCCUCUCAGGUCCAGGACAAGCCUAAAAAAAAUACCUCAAAAUAUAUAUUUAACAGUGAGAUAUCCCUUCAAGUUCUAUAUCCCAUAAUAGCCUGGGUCUGAGCGCCCAACAUAUCCUGAAAGCGCUCAGAUCCCACGAACGCAACCGAAACGCCACCGGGGUAUAGUUUAGACCGACUACACACGAGGUGCCUGCCUAAAAUUGUUCCAUGAAAUCAGGCUGUGCAGUCGGUCUCUUUCGGGAAUAUCAAAUACACAGUCUUUAUGUACGAAUAACAGUUCGUGCAUAUGCUCCCAAAGUAUCUGUGGUUCGAGGGAUGUUUCUACUGAAUGCCGCUUUGUUUGUAUAAAUAGUGCCGACCAUAUUUGGGUAUGGAAGUCUUAGGGGUGUUUGCGCCGUUAAGUGUCCGAAUUUUAGUUCCAUACACUCGACGACCAAACACAGCUGUCUGUGUUCGUGUCCUAAGAUGGCCGCCGCCACGUUUUCGCACAUCCGAACGACGACCACCCAGCCAGUUACGGACGUGUUGGCAGAGGUUAAUGGGGUCAACAAGCGGCGCACUCCGCAUAUGGGUGGUCUGUCGUUUGGUAGAUUAUUCAGCAUUCCAAUGGGGCAAAGUUAACAAAUGUGAUGGAUGUAUUUUACCGAACAAACAGGCGAAGGGAGCCAAGAGCUGUAAAAUCCAGGGACAGGGAGGUCUGUCACAGGUAGUACAUACAAUGAAGCAGUGUACGGCCAUCCGAUCUUACUAUAGGAGCUUUCCUGUAUUCAUAGAGAAUAAUAAAUGUUGAAUGUCCACUUUGGAUGUACAUAAAGCUUGAUGCUAGUGUAUUUAUGGUGAUAGAGGAUUGUUGUUAAGGACGUCAUGUAUAAUUAAUUCAUACAAGUGAAUGUGGUAAGUGAUGCAUCUCUUGAUAUUUUGGUUUGGUUUUAGGUUUAGCAGAAUUAGCUGCUCGGAAAUAUAAACAAGCAGCAAAAUGCUUCCUACUAGCGUCUUUCGAUCACUGUGACUUUCCCGAGGUAAGUGGCUACCUCAUCCCUUUAACUCUGAAUUCAUUGUCUCUGUGCUGUAUACCUGGGCCGUGGUCCUGACGCUUUGUCGUUGACGUUCUCCUUAGCUUCUUUCAUCCAGUAAUGUUGCUGUGUACGGGGGACUUUGUGCUUUAGCCACUUUUGAUCGUCAAGAGCUUCAGCGAAAUGUCAUCUCUAGCAGGUAUGAAAAAACAAGGAAGGUGUUUGCCAACAAUGUAAUCCUGUUUGGUAUUGUGAUCUAUUGCACUAAUUCUUUAUUAUUGAUUUUUUUUUUAUUUAUUUUUUUGCCUCUUAAAGCUCUUUCAAGCUGUUUCUGGAGCUGGAACCUCAGGUCCGAGACAUUAUCUUUAAAUUCUAUGAGUCUAAGUAUGCUUCGUGUUUGAAGAUGCUGGAUGAAAUGAAGGUAAUUUGUUUUACUGUCCUCACAUUUUGCAAUUACUGAACUGCACGUUCUCUUUUCUUCUUUUUUUUUUUUUCUAAUUCUGUCCAAUGUGUCUUGGUACUAUCUCCUCAAUGCUUAAAAACCUUUCAAAGUAUCUAAUAAGGUGUGUGUAUAUGUGUGUGUGUGUGUGUGUGUGUGUGUGUAUAUAUAUAUAUAUGUAUAUAUAUUGUGUUUUUUCAGCUGUCUUGCAAGUCAAACUCUUUCAUCACAUAGUCUAUUUCAUACUUGAGCACAGUCCCCAUCUUCCAAAGUCUCAAUCUUUUGCCAUUUCCAUGUCUUUCCCCCCGAGCCGCCUUUUUUUAAAUUUAAUUUCCUUGUAAUCUUUCAGUGCAUUUCACCCAUGUGCAAACCCGCCAUCCACUCCUCUUUCCCAAGGCCAAACCCCAUUUAUUUGUGCCACUUUCUGUGUUCAUUACCUUCAAUCUGAGUCGUGAUGCCGUUAUCAAAGCCUUUUCCUUAGUGCGUUCCUCUCUCCCUCUGCCAAGUCCUAACUUGUUCCUGUCUGUGUACUGUUAAUCACAUUGACUCUUGACUGUGUUGUUUAUUUAUGUUUUAAAGCUUUAGAUCUAAUUUGACCUGUUUGUCCCUGCAGGAUAACCUCCUUCUUGAUAUGUACCUAGCACCUCACGUCCGGAUAUUAUACACUCAGAUCCGGAACAGAGCCUUAAUUCAGGUAUCUGUAACACAUUCUGUUGGCGCCUCUAUUUCCUGCUGCCUGCUGUGUCCUUUUCCCUUCUUCUGUUUCUUGUCAUUUCUUGUGCUGCCUGUGCAGUUGGCAUCCGCGCGUCGCCUGCUGCUUUUCUGCAAUAUUUGGAUUUCUGCCUUCAUGCUGGUGCGUGUCCUUUCUGCUUAUCUGUAUCUUCUGUUCUGUCCUCGCCAAAUUUUUAUUUUUUUGAAAAUAAUUUUUUUGAGUUGCAGGACCCAUUAAAAGGACAUUAAUACAAAACGACAUAAUCAGAGUGGAUUUUUUUCCCCACAGUUUGUUUAGAGCUUCACGUGCAGAUGAAUGCUAGUUUUAGAGCCUCUGAGUUUCUUUGAUUGUCCUAUUCUUUGAGAAUGCAUGACUUGCAUCCUAUUCGUCCCAUUAAGUUGUUGUGACCAGUAGGAUUACCAAUAAAUAUGUGUGUGUGCGUAAAUAAAUCUUUUUGUAUGUACUGACGACAGACAAAAACUUUUGCGCAGAAGUGACAUUAGUUCUGGGCUGCCUAAGAUAAAUGUGCCGGUGGUAUAAAUAUCUCUGGGUGUGCUGCGUUUGAAUCCGAAAUACUGCACAUAGAGAUACCUACCACCGUGACCACUUCUAAUAGCAGAAAUGGACAUGGGGGUUGGAGCAACCUGUUGAGUGUAAGGUGCGAUUCACUGCUGUAUUCUGUAUUCCAUGUCAUGAAAAUUCGAUGUGCCUAGUUUACACACAUUUUGGUAUUGACUGCAUAGUGCUCUAUUUUACAUUUGUUAAAUUUUACAAAGGAGAAUUAUUUAUUUGCAAAUGCCGGUGUCAUAAAUAUAAGACUGAGCCUUGGUAUUAAAGAAUGUUUCAAUAUGUACAUCUGCUUCUACAGCGUAUAGAUACAUGUUUCUUUCUCAGGCGCUACACUCACUUUGUAAGGGGAGAUAUUUCCUUUACAUCUUGCCACUGUUUGUACAUAUUGUUUUGUCGUUAGCAGUCACUGUGUUGGUUCAUGGUAAAACUCUUUGUAUACUAAGCAUCCAGUGGGACUUUAAAGGUGGUACACACUGUACGCACGGCAUAGAUUUUCCACUCCGUGUCCUCAACCCCCUUUGGCUCCAUACAGUUUUUCUGAUCUCGCUCAUCGCCAAGAAUCUACUUUUCCCCUCAAGUAUAUCUUCUGGCGGGGGCAGCUAAAAUGGACGCUCCAGUAAUUAAUACAACUUUAUUGCAUAGGUUGUAGUCUCAUUACUCAGUCUCUUUAACGUUGUAUUUUUGCAUUCUCACAUCCUUAUAGUACAAAAUGGCAAUAAGCCUGCCUCCUUGGCCACACCCCCUCAUGCCAGAAAGACUUCCUUAUCAAAUGUAUGUACACAGCUCAGCCCCAAUAGCACUGAGUGAUCUGAACUACAAAGCAACCUGCAUUAGAAAGGAGAUGGCACCCUUAAAGAGAGAUAGUAAGGAUAUCACUACGUGGUUGGUAGGCCAAAGCAUAUCAAGUGCAUUAAAAUUGUAUUGGUGCUCGAAGUGUCCCUUUUAAUUUGACCCAAUUCAAUAAAAUAAGUAAGUCUGCAACCCUAAGGAAGAAAAUCUGGUUGUUAAUGCACCAUCGCAAGUGGACCUACCAAUAUUUUGAUCUUUGAGGCUUGACAGAUACCACUGAAGUCCAGAUGUUUCCUUGACUUUGUGGGCUGGGGGAAGGUAUAAGUCACAGAUUUACUUUUUUAGCGUUGUGGAACUAUGCAGUAUGGUACUUGCUUCCAGUAUAACCUCCAUGCCCUUUACAUCAAUAGCAUUCUUCACACUCUACUUUCCCAACUUUCCAUUUAUCUUUUCCUCUGCUUUAUUUGUGUUCAACCAUAUCUUGUCCUCAGUAUUUCAGCCCGUACGUCUCUGCAGACAUGUACAAAAUGGCAACCGCAUUCAACACUACCGUGUCUGCACUGGAAGAUGAAUUGACUCAGCUCAUCCUAGAAGGGUUAAUAAACGCACGUAUCGACUCACACAGCAAGGUAAGCUGUCCAGUAGCUUGGUUAGAGAUAGCGAUCCUCGAAACAGGCUUUUUCAAUUUUUUUUUUUUCCUCUAAUAGAUCCUGUACGCGAGAGAUGUCGACCAGCGUAGCACAACGUUUGAGAAAUCCUUGCAAAUGGGACGAGAAUUCCAAAGAAGAGCCAAAGCUAUGAUUUUGCGUGCCGCUGUCCUGCGUAACCAGAUCCACGUGAAGGUGUGUGUACUGUUGGACACAAUCUAAUGAUCAGAGAAGAGAAUCUGUUUAUCCUCCGAUAUUGUAUUUAUGUUCUCCGUCACUAUUUUGAUGCUACCUAUUUUCUUUAUUUUCUGAUUUUUAACUGAUCUUUAAGACCAGGUGCAGAUUGAAAAUUCGAAUUUUGCUGUCUCCCCCCUAGAUUUCUUACAAGAGCUUGUAAUAUACAGGUACCAGAUAUUGUGAGCGACCUUUUGCCUUUGGAUCUUUAUAACUUUUUUUUUUCAGGUGGUCUCUCUGCAAUUUACCUUUUCAGUAGACUCGUCUGGUUGAUGAACCAUUAAAAACUGUAGCGAAGAAAAAAGGUUUUACCCCAGGAAAAGAAAAGAAAAUCAAAUUAGGGUAGCACUUUAUUUUCUGGCAGAUUUUGCUGGAAAAAGCAUUUUCACAGAAUAUAUUCUAGAUUUGGAGGAAGUCCGAGACCUGAACUCAAGUCUACAGAUGAAAUACAUACUGUCCAUAGGUAGCAGAUUGGCAUGCCUGUCAGAGAUAUAUAUAAAAUUCUUUACAGUUUUGUAACCAAACAGUUUAGCUAUGAAUAUAACAUUAAAAGUCACAAUAUUAUGGUAGAGACGCUUCACACAUAACGUUGUUAUAUUUGUCCGAGAGCCUGUACACUUGUCACAUUCGCUGAACAAUAUCUCAUGACCUGCAGAAACAGAACUCAAAAUAACUGGUUAUUAAAUCAGUAGAACAUUCUCCCAGAUCAGAGUAUAGUUUGUGAAAGCUUAACUGUGUGUUGGUACUGGGAGGCUACAAACUACAAACCCGUUUGUAUCACCGCUUAUAAGGACAUCAGUAGCUAGAGCUAAGCUGAUUAGGCCAUGCAGAUUAGUGUCCCACUAAGGCUCGGUCUAACCUUUGGGCAAACUGAGAUUACGACCUCUCGAAGGGGAGGGGACUCCCCGGGGUAUCUGGGAGAAGCCACCAGCAACCUCCAGAUUCCAUCCAUUGCAGACAUGUCCUGGGAUGGUGUUAUCUGGGUAUCUGUAAUGUUGUGAUAAAGAAUGGAGCGUUCGGUCGGAGAAUGAGAUGGGAGAUGAUGUUUGGGUUGAGGGAAUAGAGGACUCAUUAUGAAACGUCCCUAUUGAAAGAGAUAACUACAAAGAAGAUAGGGGGAGAAGAAGAGAGGGGGAAUAAAAGGUAAUAUAUCUCUGACAGCAUUCAUUUAGCACAGUUUCCUCAAGUCGAGAAGAACACUCGAUCUCUGGGUAAUGAGAAUUCUCCAAGAAGGUUUUGAUGUUAAGUUAGACAGUUUUCUUCCUCUAUAAGUACUGUGUUCAGAAGUUCAUUUUCCUGUGCAGAGAAAAACUCUGAGAAAAGCAGUUACAGAUCUGCAGCUAUAAAUGAACAGAGAAGAGGUUCAUCCAGAAGAAGAAAAUUGUGGUUCAUAUUCAAAACUUGUUCUUCCGAAAACGCUAGAUGGACUUUCAUCUUAUUUCUACAUAUGAAAAGAGUGAACAGGUUUGUCUCCAUGGAGAUGGAGAUUAUAUGUCACUGCCAAACCUCAAAGGUGCAUUGCAUGUAUGUGCCAAUAGCCAGACACCGCAGUCAGUUUCUGAGGUUUACCAUCAGAGAUCCCAGCAAGUUCCUGCACGUUCAUUUUAAAGCACUCCCAUUCAGCCUGUCAUCUUCUGCAAUCAUCUUUUCAAAGAUUCUGUUCUAGCAACUCUACUGCAAGAGCACAGCUGGUUCAUAGAUUGGAAAACUUCUCCACUCAUUCCUACCGUCAGUAGUCUUUUUGGAUCUCAAUGGAGACCAGAAGAAAAACAAAAAAAUAUAACUAUAUUGUUAUGCUCCAAUUUUGUUCAGAAGAGCCAUGAGAGUUCUGGAAUUACUGACAUAAUCUAUUCCAGCAUUGUCUUGAGACAAUUGUCUUAAUUUCAAUUAAGAUCUCUUCAGGUGAAUAUUCUCAAGGAAUGGAACAGAGCAACAUGGUCCCUGGAUUCAAGUAUGACCGCAUGGGCAGCUGUAACUUUAGGGGUGGGUAAAGAUGCCUUUCCUGACCUCUAGGGUUCUAGCAGCUACUUCCAGCUCAGUUUGCCACUUACACCUUCACUGUGUAACCAGAAAAAAAAAAAAAACCUUGUCAAACUUCAAAAACUAAAAACAUUUUGAGAAGUUUGUUUAUUCCAUUCCUAUCUACAGAGCCCCUUUUAUUCAAGAUUUCAGAGAAUUCCACGAUAUAUGAAUUGACAUGGAGGAAUCCGGUCAGAGUGCCUUGCCAAGCAGUUCACAUCAGAAGCAAAAUCUUCUUCCGUGAGAUCUCAACUUUUCAAUGCUAGUCAAAAAACAAACCAAUGCAAGAUCAUCCCUUACUGCCAUAUUGGUGGCCAUCACGUCAGCGAAACAGUUCUGAGAAUAUCCAUAUAUGGACUCCCAUGCUGACAAAGUGGUACUGAAACCACUUCUUGAUGUUAGACCAAUAAUGUUUAACCAGUCCAACCUAUUUUCUGUCAAAAUUUGAACAAAUCACAAGGAAGAGCAGCUUCUAAAACAACUGAGUUCCAUGACCAGGGUAAAUUCUUUUUUCUGUAAAAUACGGCCUAAAGAACUUCAUCAUCACAGCUUCUCAAACUUCUGCUUCAGCUAAACAGGCCUGUAGAGCAUCAUGCCUGGUCAUGCAUAAGGUUCUCAAACCAGUUAUUCUUUAUAAGGAAACUGGCCUCUCCGUUCACCUUCUUAGCUCUUGCUAUCCGUCAAUGUUCCAUAGAACAGUAUGAAUUCUUUCCCAUUUUGGAAUAAAUUAUUUGUGCAUGGUUUGUCUUGUCAUUGCUGAGGGAUUUCUUUGUUAUUGCAACUUUAUACCUUGAGAGGAAGGAUAAAGGGGUGGAUCAAGUUACAUUUUAGUCUAAGUGCUGUCUUUCCAUUCAGACGACCAAAAAAUAAAUGCUGCGUCUAAUUAAAUGGGAAAAAAAACAGAAUUUACAUUGAGUAAGUAUUUAGUUUUUCACAGAUGCUCUAAAUAAAAUGAAAGGGUCUUUAGGGGCUUGAAUACAUAUGAAAAGCUGGGGGGAAAAAAAAGAUUUGAUUUUGUCAUUUUAGAGGCGUUUGUGACUGUUCUCGAAAUAAGAGAGCUGUUUUGUUUUUUGUUUACGGUUUCAGUAAUAUUUAAGCGCAGCUCCUGAUUAUCUUUACUUCUCGUUCACAGUCUCCUCCAAGGGAAGGAAGUCAAGGAGAGCUGACACCGGCUAACAGUCAAACCCGACUCAGCACCAACAUGUGACCGCGUCACUAGCCAGCCCUCCGCCACCUUUACCAAACAGCGUGGCCAGACUAUCCCCCAGAGACAUGUGACAUGCUCCACCUGCUUGCGUCACAUUCCCAUAGGCUUUCCUGUGUGUGUGAGCUUGUCAGGAGCUGCAUGACUUCUGUCUCCUCGGUUUCAUUUUAUUGGACAUGACCCACUGGUUGUCUGCAGUGGAAUUAGACAAGUAGUGAUCCAACGCUGAUCUCUCCCGGUAGUGGCAGCACAUUUCAGGACAGGGAAAGGAUUGUGGGAUUCUACACUGCAAAGAGGGCAGUCACAUUUUCAUUUAUUUUCCCUCAUUGUAUUUCUGGGUUUAACCGCUCAUGGGCCAGACACCAUCUUGCUCUCUUCUGUCUACAUCUAUAAACUCGCUUCUACUUUCAGCCACUCUGCCUCUUAUCCUUUCUCUCUUUAUUAUCCCCUGACAUUGCUAUCUUCCAUUAUGGUUUAAAUCUCUACCUCGUUUUCUCCCCCUUUCCUCCUCCUUUUUCCAUCUGUUGCUUCUUUCUCUUAUCCCUGCCUCUAUUCCUUUAGUCCAGGGCUAGGCAACCUUCGGCACUCCAGAUGUUUUGGACAGCAUGUCCCGUAAUGCUCUUACUACCAUUAUGCUGACAGAGCAACAUGGGACGUGUAGUUCACAACAUGUGGAGUGCCGGAGGUUGCUUACCCCUGUGAGUCUAGUUCUUCCUUCAUACUGUGUAACCCCCUAUAAACUCCCUUACAUGUUUUGUUUCUUUAUGUUAGUUUUGUUCCCUCCAAUAAACUUGUUCCUUUUUGCCUGCCACUCAUCCUUGACCCUUUGCUUCCCUCCCUUUUCCCCAGCUCUCCCUCUCUGAUAUGCUUUUCCCCAGCCCUUGCUAUAUAAUCCUCUAUUCCUUGGCCCUUUCCUUUGUUUUUCUGGCCUUUCCUACUUUGCUUAGUAGUUACUCGGGCUCUGUGUCACUCUCACCCCUGCCGCACUGCCCUGAGCUGCGUUCUGCAAUGCUGGAUGCAUUAUACUGGCCUAUAUAGAUAUAUUCACACCUUCAAGCAACUGGGACAUGACUGCACUUAAAAUCGAUCCAAAAAGGUCAUUUACUACCUUGAAACAUUGAUAUUUAAAUGUACCCUGUUUCUUCAGCAUUUCUGUUUUCAAUUAAAGUUGUUGCUGUUUGCGUGUUCUUUUCCCACAGUUGCAUCUCACUUUUCUUCAGUAAGGCACCCUUCACAGAUCCUGUGGAGCAGGGCUGAGCAAUGGCUGGCUGGCCAUCAUGAGAGUGGCACUCUGAAACCAGCAAACAGCUGUCAAACCAAGCUUCAUCCCACACUCUGCCAGGUGUUGCCUAAUCCUACGGCUCAUCAGAAUCCGAACAUAAAACAAUUAUGCACAGAUUUCCCCCAGAAUGUGGGAUCAGCUUGCCCCUUUUGUUCUAAGUUUAAUGAUCAGUUUUAGUUUUGUAUGCAGAGAACAAUGUUUAAGCUAGAGGAAGGUAAAAAUAACCAUAUUUUCUGUUUCCUUUAGAAUUGAGAGUCUCUGGGGGUCCUCUCGGCUCUCUGGUUAAACUAUUACCCCAUGCUGGGCCCUCUGUACAUUUUUAGAUGCUAUUCUGGUUGCCAUGGAUACGCUGGCAAGGUUUAAUUCAUCUUGUCUUCAUCAGGCUUAAACAUCUGUCUGCAGAUUUUCUUCUCUCGCUACCUUGUACGCGGUGUCUAACUGCAGCAUACAAUCAAUAUUUCAACUCUGCUUUAGGAGCCCUGUCUACAGGUGUCCAUUAAGAGUUUGUUGUUUUUUUUGAUGCUCCUAAUCUCAAAUAGACUCUGCAAUGUGCUUUAUCUUAGAACAUCAGUGGCUUUCCUUAUGGGCUACAUUUCCUUAAGGGUAAAAGAGUUCUAUCGUAAACUUGGAUUUAAUAUAUAAGAAUUUUACUCAAGGGUACCUGUUGGUGGCAGUCAAUCUCAAAAUAAAGACAUCAAUUUUUGGUUUUAUGUAUCACUUCGUGUAUUGUAUUAUAGUGUGAUAUCAAGAUUGUUUUAAUAAUUCCCUUCAUAAUUAAGGGAGACCCAACAAUAGUUUAGUAUUUUAAUGCAGCCCUGCAGUGAUGCAGUUUCCACGAGAAUCCCUGGUCAAAGGACAAAACUAAUCCCCCUCCUGUAGUGUCCUAUAUUAUAUUUUAGCCAGCAGUUCUUUUAGCACGAUAUGUGGCCACUUUCUUAUAUUCUGCACAUGAAUAAUGUUUAGUUGUUUCAAUGAUGUUCUGUGAAAAGAAGGAUUUCUGAUCUCGCUAUGAAUCGCUGGUAAUCUCAGUUUUUGAGAGUUAAGUAGAAUGUACAAAGAUCUGACUACAGCGAUGGGGCUUUGCAAAUAUUAAUUAGACCAGGACAGGAGCAGUACCUGGGUUGGUACUUUAAAAAAAAUUGCCUUCUCUCUUAAACAAGUAAAACAUUGAAACAGAAUGGGGUAAUCCCUAUACUUUAUCUGGUUGGUGGUAAUAGGAGAUGUGCUGGAGAAAUGCUGAUCUGGAAGACUGUUUGAAAGUUCAGAGGAAAUCUGUUAUAAAUUUUCAUUUUAUGAGAUGGAAAAUUCCUAUAAUCCAUAUAACUGCAAUAAAUAAAUCUACUGCAAGUUUUAAUAUGAUGUUAUUUCUGAAUUGCCAGGCUAUUAAAAAGUAUAUAUGUGGCCGUUAAUUGGAACACUUUUUACGGUGACAUAGAAAUGGGAUUUAACCAGGUUUUGAGUGCAUUGUAGACUUGUGUACAAAAUCUGUCCUCCUUUGCUGGCUGGAUCAAAUGCCUGGUAAUCGCUGGGCCUUGCGGAUAGACAUUUUAAACUUAAUGCACUCUCUGUUUGUUGUUAUUUUUUUUU